AUGUCUUGGAAACCCAUCGCCCAAGCAUCUCAGGCCAGUUUGUUGAAAUCUAUUCCAGAACGUUGGCGGCUGGAUCUGCGAAAAUACAAGUCACUGAGGGAUGUCACGAACGUACCUUAUACCUGUGGCAUUCUGACUGAUGCCCAGCUCAAGAUUACCGAACUCACGGCAGUUGAGAUAUUAAGGGGUCUCGAGGCUCGCGAGCUCAAAGCAGUGCAAGUUUUAGAAGCCUUUGCUGCCCGUGCUGCCAUUGCUCAUCAACUGGUCAAUUGCCUGACCGAUUGGUUCUUUGAAGAAGGUCUCCAGCAAGCGGAAGAGCUUGAUGAUCUUCUUGACUCUGGUGGUAAACUAAAGGGUCCAUUACAUGGAAUUCCUAUCGCUGUAAAGGACUUCCACUUUCUCAAAGGUCAUCCUACAACAACGGGGUAUGUCUCAAAGAGAAAUUUUGUUCCUGAGCAUGAUUCUGCCCUGGUAGCCACGUUGCGUGCCGCUGGAGCGGUGUUUUUCUGCAAGACAACCAUGCCCCAGACGGGAAUGGCAUUAGAGACGGCCAGCAAUCUUUGGGGCCGAACCCUGAGUCCCUUCAACAUCGACCUAAGCUCCGGUGGCAGCUCAGGAGGAGACGCGGCCCUGGUCGCGAUGAGGGGCUGUCCCAUCACACCCUCCACUGACAUGGGAGGAUCCAUCCGCGUGCCAGCUGCUUUCAACGGACUAUACGCCAUUCGACCUACUGCAGACCGCGUGCCAAAAGGUGGUAUGGACAACAUCAAUAGCACGGGGCAGACAACAAUUCAAUUAUCCUGCGGGCCCAUUUGUCACUCUAUCGGCGACCUCGAGUUGCUUACGAAGGUCAUCAAUGCCUACCCGCACAACAAGUAUGAUGUUACCUGUGCACCGAUUCCGUGGAGGAACCUAGAUACCUUGAAGGGCAAACUCACCUUUGGAAUGAUGAGGUGGGAUGGUGUGGUUAUGCCUCACCCGCCGAUACUCCGGGCCAUGGGAUACGUCAAACAAUUCGAUAUAUACUACCAAUCAGGGGCAGGACAGACACUAGCCGCUGUUGAAGCUUCCGGUGAACCACUUUUGCCAGCCGUUGCGGAUCUGCUCAAGGUUUACAAUACGAGAGAGCUCUCUACUAUAGAAGCAUUGGGAUUGAACGUGAAAACAAGAAUUUUCAAAGAACGGUUCCGCGAUGCGUGGAGCGAGACAAACCGCCGCACCACGACGAGCCGUCCUAUUGAUGCACUCAUCUGCCCCCCGGCACCGUCAGCGGGCAUUCCUCACAACUUUAACAUCUACUGGGGAUAUACCUCAUUGUUCAACCUUCUUGACUACCCUUCCGUAAUCUUACCUGUUCCCAAGUUCAAGAUCGAUGCUCAGAAGGACCCUAUGGACGUUCACUACCGACCGCUAGAAACGAAUCCUUAUGACAAGACUAAUCAUGAUUUGUACGAUCCGAACCUAUUCUCGAACCAGCCGUCGACGAUCCAGAUUGUGGGACGCCCUUUUGAGGACGAAGAGCUCAUCCGAGUGGCAUCAAUUCUGGAUACUCUACUUCACUCUACUUGA